UUGCAGGCAUUGUUUAAUAUUUUAUUGGAGUAUGUUAAUGGCCUGUCACUGAUGGGAUCUGAAGAACUGGAGAUGAUUGACAAGCUUUCAAGGUAGCCUCACAUAAUGUAUACAGAGUCCUGGGCCGAGUUGUUCGAGGGCCGAUUACCGCUGACCCAGGGUUAGAUUUUAACCCGGGUUUCUUUUUCUUUUAUUCAAAAGCCUUUUUUUUUUAGAUAACUUUCUCGUUUCUUUUUAGAGUAUCCUAUCAUCAAAUUGUAGACAAAAAGAAUUAAACGGAAUCUGCUUUUUGCGCUUUCAUAACUGAAUUCAAAAUUUUGCACUAACCCUGGGUUAUCUUAACCCAGCUUUGAACAACCCGGCCCUGGUCUUAAUCAACUUCUGAAGGGGUUUGGAGUGGGGUAAAAAUGGUGUAAACCUUGAAAUGGUAAAUGCCCUUGAUAUUUAUGGAAAAAUUGUCACAAAGUUUGCAAAAAGAAUGGGAGAAUUCCUGGGUAAUUAUUCACACCCAUCCAGUUUCAGAGGCAUUUCAAGUCCUUGCUUCUGAUUGGCUAAAAAUAUAAUGGGCCAAUCAGAAGACAGGAAAUUUACAAGCUUCUGGAACUGUUUCUGUAAGAAUCAGUAUAAUGUAUUUAGAGGUUUUCCCAUUUUUUGUAAACUUUACCUGUUAUGGUUUCGCCUGCGAAUUUUCCAGUCUGAUUAAUUAGCUACCUUGGUUCUCCGAGGAUGAGAAAUGCCGAGAGAUGGUGAAAAAAACAUUGGACAUGAGCAUUCAGUUGCAUCAAUCAGGCUCGUUCGGGAUUCGAACCCUAAAGUUUGCAACACCAGUGCAACGCUCUACCAAUUAAGCCAACAAACCAACUGGGUUCAGGUCAUUGAGUUGGUUCGUCAUAAACCCGCAAAAGGAUGACGAUGAGACAAUGAAUACAUGAAAAUCAUAUAGGAACUGCUGGGUGAGGAAAUGAAUGAAAGAAGGUCAUCGCAGUUACGAGCCACUUCGAUAGCCUGCUGCUAGUUGGGUUUUUAGUCCAGUUGGUAGAGCACUGUACCGGUAUCACGGAGGUCAAGGGUUCGAAUCUCGAACAAGGCUGAAUUUUUUCAGGCUUCGUUUUCACAACCGCAAAGUUGCGUUUUUGACUGCGAUGGUCGUCUUCCAUUUAAUUCUUUACCCCGCAUUUCCGAUAUAUGAUUUUCGUAAACAUGUUUUCAUUAUUUCAAUACUUAGUCCAUCGCCGAGCUCCGUAUACGUAGUAAUUUUUAUGCUGUUAUGACUUAGUAGAGCACGCUUUACCCUUUGACUUUGUCUUCUGCCCAUUUUGCUUUUAGGCACCUGUUUGAUGUUGCACAGUAUUCGCCUCUUCACUCAGCAAGACAAAUGCAACAGAUUGUAAAAGACAUACACAAAAGCUUUACAGAGAAUCGUGACAGACUAGGU